AUGACGGAGAGCGGCGAAAAGAAUCCUGGUAUUGAGGCUCAGCGGGCCAAGAUGUCCUUCCUCUUCCGUGAGGAUGUGGCGCCUGGUCUGAGGUUGGAAAUGGACCUGAACAAGAUCCUGUUCACAUCGGAAUCAGAAUUUCAGCAAAUCGAUGUAGUGGAAACCUUCUUUGGAAAGACCCUGGUCACGGAUGGCAAGACACAGAGUUCUCAGAUGGACGAGUUUGCCUACCAUGAGUCUCUUGUCCAUCCUUCUAUGUUGAGGUCUGCUUUGUCUGGCACUCCUCCAAAGACUGUCUUUAUUGGCGGAGGUGGUGAGCUUGCCACAGCCCGAGAAGUCUUGCGUCACAAGUCGAUUGAACGCUGUGUGAUGGUGGAUAUUGAUGGCAAAGUUAUUGAGGUUUGCAAAAAGUUCCUAGCGGAAUGGGGUGGGGAGACUGUAACAUCCGACAAACGAUUUGAAUUGGUUGUUGGCGAUGCUCACAAGUGGAUGAUGGAGACACAAGAAACUUUUGAUGUGAUUAUCAUGGAUAUUUCCGAUCCCAUUGAAGCUGGACCAGGCAUUAUGCUCUACACUAAAGAGUUCUACGAACAUGCUUUGACUCGCCUGAACCCAAAUGGUGUCUUUGUCACACAGUCGGGAACGGCCGAUGCUGUCCCAGCAAAACACCAAGGAGCAGGUGAAACCGAUACUUCCUGUUAUGGACCAAUCAACAAUACCCUUCGCACCGUCUUUGACUGCGUCGUACCCUAUUCCACAAACAUUCCCAGCUUUGGUGGCGACUGGGGUUUCAUUAUGGCAUUCCAAGCCCCGGCUGGUUGUGAGGACAAGGCACUUGUCGAGAAGGAAUGGAAAUUUCCUGCCAGCACGGACGUUAUCGAUAAUCUCGUCGAGCAACAAAUUGAAGGUGGCGCCGACAAGCUUGGUCUGUACGAUGGUGUGUCUCACAUGUCCAUGUUCGCAUUGACCAAGGCGCUAAGGAAUCUCCUCAAGAACGACACCCGUGUCAUGACACGCGACAACCCAGUUUUCAUGUAUUAA